AUGUCGUCUAAUUUCGGAUUACUUGAGGGCCAGGUCGGAUUGAUCACCGGAGCUGGAACUCCCUAUGGUAUCGGGAGAGAAUGUGUCAAGAAGUUUGCCUCAGCAGGAGCCAAAGCCAUCUACGCGUGCGACUUGAACCUCAGUGCCAUCGAGUCCCUACGGGAAGAAUGCAAAAAGGCCGGAUACACGUCGAUCAUACAAGGCAAACAGCUCGACGUGUCGAGUGAGGAGCAGACUGUGGCUGUCGUCAAAGAGAUCACCAAGGCUCACGGUCGCUUUGAUUUCUACAUUGCGAAUGCUGGGUUUGCCAACUAUAGGAGCCUUAAUGACACUGAGAUGAGUCACUACGAUCGUCAACUCAAUGUCAUGACCCGUGGAGCCUUUCUCGGUAUCAAAUAUGGCAGUCAAGCCAUGAUGGUGACAUCCAAGGAAAAGCCUCAGCCAGGGGGCGUCUUUGUGGUCACCGGUUCGUGUGCUGGGUUUCUCGGCUCAUAUAGCGAUUUACCAUACGCUAUCGCCAAAACCGCCUUGCACGGUCUGAUUAGCGCUGGUUCGGUUCAAUUGUCGUCGAGUAACAUUCGUGUAAAUGGCGUGGCUCCGGGCUUCACCAAGAGUGGCAUCUUGACCAAUUCUCAAAAGGCCGAGCAAGGUGAAUACCAGAGCGGAGAGGAUGAGGAGCAACUGAAGCAGAACCACAUGUGGUUUUUUGACCGAGCAGGGCUGUUGAAGAAGCCCGAGUACUAUUACAACCGACUUCAAGACCCAGACGAGAUUGCCAGUGUGCAGUUGUUCUUGGCUUCAGGGCUGUCUUCAUCCAUCAACGGUCAGAUGAUUCUAUGCGACAGUGGCAAGACAGCGGCCGCGACUGGGGAAGCAUGUACUGGACCUGUGGACCCAGUCCGUCCCUUGGACUUGUCUUGA